GCGGCGGUGGCGGCGGCCGAGGCCGGGUGACAGCCAUGUUGAGCCUCGCGGCCAAGCUGGUAGCCUUCUUCUGGCGGACGGCGGACACCCCUAGGGAAGAAGCCGGGCGGCUGGAGCCCGAGCUCGCGGAAGGUGACACUAAGCUGAAAACUGUACGGGGUGUCGUGACAAGGUACUGCAGCGAUUAUGGCAUGAUUGAUGAUUUGAUCUACUUCUCCAGUGAUGCUGUGACUAGCAAAGUGCUUCUGAAUGUUGGACAGGAAGUGAUUGCAGUUGUGGAAGAAAAUAAAGUGUCCAAUGGACUGAAAGCAAUCAGGGUAGAAGCUGUCUCUGAUAAAUGGGAAGAUGACAGCAGAAACCAAGGCAGUCCCUCAGACUGCGCCCCCCGAGUGUUGAUUGGCUGUGUGACUUCUCUGGUGGAGGGCGCAGGCUGUAUCAGUCAGACCACCUACUUCUCUCUGGAGAGUGUGUGCGAAGGCUUUGAGCCCUGCAAGGGAGACUGGGUAGAGGCUGAGUACUGGAUCCGGCCCGGCACAUGGAGCAGCAAAGCCACCUCAGUGAAGCCGCUGAGAUACAAGCGCGUGGACAAGGUCUGCAUCUCUAGCCUCUGUGGAAGGAACGGGGUGAUAGAGGAAAGCAUCUUCUUCACCUUGGACUCCUUGAAACUGCCAGACGGGUACACACCCCGGAGAGGUGACAUGGUCAAUGCAGUGGUGGUGGAGAGCAGCCAGUCGUGCUAUGUCUGGAGGGCGCUCUGUAUGACCCUAGUGAAGAGGCGAGACACCGCCCCCGUUCAUGAGGCCACUCAGUUCUAUGGAACCAUUUUGUUGAAGAACAAAGGUGAUAUUGAAGUUACACAGAUGACACAUUUUGGAACCCUAAAGGAAGGAAGAAGUAAAACCAUAGUGAUCUGGAUAGAGAAUAAAGGAGACAUUCCUCAAAACUUAGUCAGCUGUAAACUGGCUGGCUGGGAUCAAUCUAAACAAUUCAGAUUUCAAAUGCUGGAUAAAGACCAGACGUGCCCCAUGGUAUCUUUUGUUUCUGUUCCUGAGAAGGAGAAUUCAUCAGAUGAAAAUGUUAGUUCAUUAAAUAGCCACACAAAAAACACAGUCUCUCAGAUGUCAGAGAACGGUUUGGUGAACAACAGAAGAAUCUCUCCAGGUGAUUAUACCUGUAAAGGAGAAAAUGGAGAAAAAGACAACAUUCUCUCAAGGAAGCAGAUGACAGAGCCCGAGCCUGGGGGGGCUUGUCCCUCCAGGGGGAAAAACCUUCAUUGUGGUCAUAUGUGAUGGAAA